UACCAGGAGCAACUGAUGAAAACUUUGGAGUGCCAGGUUGAAUUUGCUGCUGUUCCAUCUUUUUCCUUUAAACAAACAGAUGUAUAACAACGAUGAAUUUCCAGAUGACAAAUGAGUAGCAGGGAAUCUAAUUUCCCAACCACUGGGAGAAAAAAAAAGGUUCCGGAGAAUAAAGACUGGCAACUGAUUGCAAAUUUCACGCUCCACGAAGUUUUCCAAAAAACAUUUGUCUUUGAAUGUUUAUUCCUUCUACCUGCGAGGGGAAAGGACUGGAAAGAGGAAAAAAGAGAGAAUUCUCGUGUGUACAUGAAGUUUUGGGAAAGAUAGCAGGCUCAGCUGUGGAACGCUCUUGGAGUGAAGCCCAAGUUGGAGAUGAUAUGUUUCAGGAGAAAAGCUUAUUUGGCUGCCACCCUGUGUCUGGUGGCUUUUGCUGGCAUGCUGAUGCUUUCCUACCUCCGGAUGCAGAAAUCGUCUUUUGAACCCCGAACUGUCAUGCACAAGAGCAAAGGUUUCUGCACAGGAAAGAUCAUCAAUAGUUCGAUCUCGGCUUUGAGUGACAACAAAACCUUUGUAGUCGCUCCAUAUUUUGAUAACAGGGUAAAGAAAAUGGUCAGAGUAAUUGGAAUUAUGCCCCAUGAGGAAGUCAAAGAAGUUUACUGUUUGUUCUGUUGCCCAACUGGAGAUGACAUAUACAUCUCCAAAGCUUUGAUAGAUGUUCAUGAUGAUCGCUUUGGAUUCCCCUAUGCAGCGACGGACUUGCUUUGUAUGGAACCCACCGAUUGCGAUCCACAGUAUGUUUCUUUUAACUGGUUUCCUCGAGGAAAAGCUGACUUGCUACCUCGCUUUGAAAUAAAGAACCGUAAGAUCACAAACUCUCCUGUGGAUUUCACAGUGUGUAUCUCCACCAUGUUUGGAGAUUACAACAACAUCUUGCAGUUCAUACAGAGCAUGGAAAUGUAUAAACUUCUUGGGGCACAAAGGGUGGUCAUUUACAAGAACAGCUGCAGCCAACUGAUGGAGAAAGUCCUGGAGUUUUAUGUGGCAGAAGGGACUGUUGAGAUAGUCCCCUGGCCAAUCACAGCCUACCUCAAAGUCUCAACUGAAUGGUUUUACAGUGAUGACGGGAGUCAAAUAGGUUACUAUGGACAAAUCACAGCCUUGAAUGACUGCAUCUACCGGAAUAUGUAUAGGAGCAGGUACAUCUUGCUUAAUGACAUUGAUGAAAUCAUACUGCCCAGUCUGCAUCCAGACUGGAAAACCAUGAUGCAGGAUCUUCAAGAUCAGAACCCAGAGUCUGGCGUUUUCCUAUUUGAGAACCAUGUUUUUCCCAACACUGUAUUUACUUCUUCUGAUGUCCCAUCGUGGAACACAGUACCAGGAGUCAACAUACUGCAGCAUGUGUUACGAGAGCCAGACAGAAAAGAAGUCAUCAACCCACAGAAAAUGAUUGUUAACCCACGGAAAGUGGUUCAGACAUCUGUACACUCUGUCCUCCAGGCAUUUGGAGAAAGUAUAGGGGUUCCAAUGGAGGUUGCUAUCGUCUACCACUGCCGGACCCCCUUCCAGCCAGACUUACCCAGGGAAUCCCUGAUUAGGGAUACAACGCUCUGGCGGUAUAACUCAUCCCUGAUCAGCAGAGUUAAUCAGGUACUACAGAAAGUACCUUUGUUGAAAGGAAAGUGACAGGCAGACCUUGAAGUGUUGAUGAAUCGAAGAUGACUAUGAGAUGAACUCAUUCUUUCUUUAGACAGCCCAUCCAGAGACUGACUCAAGGGAAUUCAGGUCUGGAUUUAAUGAUGGCACUAAUUUGUGGUGAGAUGCCAAGAAGUAAAUAUGCAUCAGAAGAAAUGGUGUCUGGGUCACGGAAACUCAGGCUGGCAUGAACUGGACUAUUCCUCUGUAAUUACAAUGCCAUUUUCACUGCAGGAACAUUGAGUCACCUUAUCAGUAAUAACUGGGAACAGAAUUUGCCAGUGCAGGAGGCAGCAUACUUCUAAAUACCAGCUGCCCAGAAGAAUUGUCACUCUUGCAUUGUUCAGUAUUAUAAAAACACAGUAUGUCUAAAAAUAUAGAAAAGGUCUUAUUUUG